AUGUCGUCGUGGUCAGGCCUCGCCUUCGUUGUAGCCUCCGCCGUCACAGGCAGUGCGGUGACCCUGGCAGCGUCGGCGUUCUACGAUCUCUACUUCCAGCGCUCGUACGCCUUCGACAUCAUGCCCCCGGAUCUGUCCCCUGGCAGCCGGUACAUCUACACCCGCGCCCAGAACAACGACAAGGCGGAGCGGGCCAUCACCACCUGCAGCGUCCUCAGCGCCUUGGACGCCGGCAGGGCUGAUCCGGUCGUCGGCCGCGAGGACGAGAUCGACCGCGUCGUCUGCAUCCUCUGCCGCCGUACCAAGAACUGCGCCGCGCUCGUCGGGGCAGCCGGGGUCGGCAAGACGGCCAUCGUCGAAGGCCUCGCGCAGCGCAUCGCCGCCGGGAACGUCCCCGACGCCCUUGCUGGAGCGCGCAUCCUGGAGCUCGACAUGGGAGCGGUGGUUGCCGGGACAUGCUGGCGUGGCAUGUUCGAGGAGCGCUUGAAAGACGCCAUCAAGCACGUGGAGGAGGCAGGAGGCAAGGUGAUCCUCUUCAUUGAUGAGUUGCACAUGAUUGUUGGCGCCGGCGAUAAAGGAGGCCCCAUGGACGCCGCCAAUAUCCUCAAGCCAGCAUUAGCCCGCGGCCGCAUCCGUUGUGUGGGUGCUACCACUUGCGAAGAGUACCACAGGUAUAUCCAGACUGACGCUGCACUUGAGCGCCGGUUCCAGAAGGUUGUCGUCGAGGAGCCAAGCGUGCAGGGCACCAUCACCAUCCUAAAAGGGCUGAAACAGCGGUACCAAGAGCACCAUGGCUUGAAAAUCCAGGACGAUGCUCUCGUUGCUGCAGCACAGCUCGCCGCCCGUUAUAUUACUGGUCGCCAGUUUCCUGACAAGGCGAUUGAUUUGAUUGACGAGGCAUGCUCUACUGCAAAGGUGCAUUUUGACAAGCAGAAAGUGGAGAAUAAUAUAAUUAGCUCUGUAUUUGCACCGAAGGAGUUAACUGUUGGCCCAGAUCAUGUCGCACAGGUUGUCAGUCGAUGCACUAGAAUCCCUCUCACGACACUUGGUCAAGACGAGAAGGAGAAGUUAGUCCACCUAGCGGAAAAAUUGCAUGAGCGAGUCAUCGGUCAGGAUGAAGCGGUCAAUUUGGUUGCGCAAGCGGUGCUACGUUCUAGGGUUGGUUUUGGUCAAUCUAGCCGACCGAUAGGUUCAUUCCUCUUUUUGGGGCCGCUUGGUGUUGGAAAAACAGAACUCGCAAAAGCUCUCGCCGAGAGGAUAUUUGACAAUGAGAAGACGUUGAUCCGCUUUGAUAUGUCGGAAUAUGCUGAGAGUGGGUCUCUGUCGCGCCUCAUUGGGGGACCUCGAAGCUAUGAAGAAGAUGGACAACUUACCGAGAAAGUCAAGAGGUCUCCAUACAGUGUUGUCCUUUUCGAUCAGGUGGAUAAGGCAGACCCCUCAAUAUUCAAGGUUUUUAUCCAACUCCUUGAUGAUGGUACGCUGACCGAUGGCAAAGGACACGUCGUAGAUUUUAAAAACACUAUCAUCAUUAUGACCUCAACUCUAGGAGCAGAGCACCUAACAACAAGAAUGGGCAUAGAAAACACAGUCAAAGCUGGUCGGGGUCUUCUUAUGGGGCAGGUUCUGAAACGCUUGAAGCCUGAACUUAUUGACAGACUGAGUGAGGUUGUGAUAUUUGAGCCGCUUUCACACGACGAACUGAAGGAAAUAUUGAAAAUCCAGAUGAAGGAUGUCAUUGCCACAGUAGCUAACAAGGGCGUCUCUCUAUUUAUAACUGAUGCCGCGCAGGAUGUCAUUUUGUCGGAAUCAUACCACCUGGUAAGUGGCGCAAGGCCCAUGAGGAGAUGGGUGGAGAAGAAUGUGACGACAGUUCUUUCAAACAUGCUGGUCAAUGGAGAAGCUUGUGAAGGCUCGACCAUCUCCAUCGAUGCUGCAGAUGUUAACAGGGGUCUGAGGUACCAUGUACUGAAGAAGCAGGGGAGCACAGACCCAUAA